AUGUCCAGUUCUCACUGGACCCAACAAUCAUUGACUCUGGAGCAACAUCUCACAUGGUCCCUCACCGCUCCUGUAAUCCUACAAGCAACUGUUGGCAAAAAGGACUACAAUAUUGCACUGUCAAAUAUCUUACUUGUGCCAAACUUCACUUUAGCACUCAUCUCUGGCUACAAAUUGUCUAAAACGGGGUUAUCAACACUUUUUCCAGCAGGGUCAAGUGCUUGUGAAGUUUGGAAAAAGAAGGAACUUAUCCUCACUGCCUUACACAAGCAAGGACUUUAUCACAUCCAAGCAAAACCCAAAAUUGUGAGGCAACAAUAA